UUUCGCAUGGUCAGAUAAGGUGAUGGAAACAAGCACGCUGUCCUCACCAAAACCAGCUUUGCAGGAAUGCAAAAGGCAUAUCCCUGUUGAGCGAGUUGCUCCAGAAGGGCACUUUUAAGUGAAUCACAGCAGUGCCUGUCCAGAGACCUAGACAAGAAGCUUGGGAGUCUGAAAAGAAAGUGGGAUGGACAGCAGCCAGAAAGAAGUGCAUGAGAAAAAAUAGCCUGCGUUUGGUUGCACAACACAGAUCCUUGAGAACAUCUCUGGGACAAUGAAGCUUCCAGGAGCAGCAGCCUGGUUUGGAAUCUGAGUGCUUUAAGAAUAUCUGGGAAUUUCUACCCGCAUUUGCCUAUUCCAGUAUAAAUCAGAAGACAAUGAAUUCAUUUUAUUUUUUGCAGAGUUUCACACUACGUAACAAUUUUUCUUCUUUCCCAUUUUGUUCAAUGGGAAAAACUUGAGCCAAUGGUGCAGCUGAUUCUCACUUUGCCACGUUCCUCCUCCUGAGCCAAAUUCUUGGAAACCACGUCCACAGUACAUCUAUUUUUGUAGCUGGUAUUCUUUUUUCUGCAUAUGCCACAUGUCGCUUUUGGAGUGCUUCUAACUAUUCUGGUUUGAACCUGCCCUUUUAUGUUGCAGAGAAUUCAUAGAAUCAUUCAAGGAAUUAAAUAAUUUCAGUCUUGCAGAAGAUGACUCACGCUUCAGAAACGUUUUUGUGGCUGUCCUUGGCUUGUUAAUACAGGAGUUUAACAGUAUUAAUAUGAGGCAUUGCAUUAAUUGUUGCAUACACUUAUUACCAAAUGACUUGCACAGACAGUGUUUCAGAUGCCGCGGCCAUAGCCACAAUAACCAGAAGUGUCCUGUUUGCAAAGAAGAAAAUAGAAUCCCUUUGUACGCUGAUAGCAAGCAGAUGAAGUUGCUUGCAGUUUUGGAAGUAAGGACUGAUCACAGUGAAAGCUGGAAUGGAUUUUUCUGCUUGAAGAAGGGGAAGCUAUGCAGCUUAAUAUUUGGGUUGAUUAUAAUGACUCUAGUGAUGGCAUCCUAUGUACUGACAGGAGCCAAGCACGGCCUGUUGUUAAUACCAUCUCCCUUCCAUUACGGAGCUUUUACUAGCAAUCCAAGCUUAAUGGACAAUGAAAGCCUUAGUGACAUGAAAGACCAUUACCAGCCUUCUAAAAUUAAUAUUUCAUACGUAAAGGAUUAUCCAAGCAUUAAAUUAAUUAUUGACACUAUUACUUCAAAGAUAGAGUUCAUAACGAGACAGCGCCCUGGUUUAGAAGAGCUGAGGAAACAAGAGCCACAUAUGUUUUCAGUAAUUCCUAAUAAAUUCCUUCCAAAUAGCAAGAAUCCUUGUUGGUAUGAAGAGUACAGAGGAAACACAACCACAGACCCUUAUACAACAAACUCCUAUGCACUGUAUUCAAAGCGUUUUCGAACCAUUUUCGAUUACCUCAGGAAGGUAUUUUGGAACCACUUGUACCAUUACAAGGACAAACACUACCGGCUGCGCUGUCUGCCCCACUUCUACAUCAUUGGGCAGCCCAAGUGUGGGACGACGGACCUGUACGACAGGCUCCGGCUGCACCCUGAUGUUCGGUUCUCAGCCAUCAAGGAGCCGCACUGGUGGACGAGGAAGCGCUUUGGAAUCAUUCGUCUGAGGGAUGGAUUUCAUGAUCGCUACCCAGUGGAAGAUUACCUCGAUCUAUUUGACUUAGCAGCUCAUCAAAUUCAGGGUGUGCUGCAGAGCGAGGCAGUAAAGGAGCACAGCAAGAUGAAUAACAUCAUAAUUGGGGAAGCCAGUGCCUCCACGAUGUGGGACAACAAUGCGUGGAUUUUCUUCUAUGACAACAGUAGCGAAGGAGAACCUCCCUUCUUAAUCCAGGAUUUUAUCCAUGCCUUCCAGCCAGAUGCCAAACUUAUCAUCAUGCUGAGAGAUCCUGUUGAAAGAUUGUACUCCGAUUAUCUGUACUUUGCAAGUGCUAAUAAAUCUGCAGAAGAUUUUCAUGAAAAAGUGGCUGAAUCGCUGCAGCUGUUUGAGAAUUGCAUGCUGGAUUACUCCCUGAGAGCCUGUGUCUACAACAACACCCUUAACAAUGCCAUGCCUGUAAGGUUGCAGGUUGGGCUUUAUGUUGUUUAUCUUUUGGACUGGCUGACUGUUUUUGACAAAGAUCAGAUACUUGUUCUUCGCUUAGAGGACCAUGCAUCAAAUGUGAAAUACACCAUGCACAUGGUUUUCCAGUUUCUGGAUCUGGGACCUCUAAGUGAGAAACAAGAAGCUCUGAUUACAAAAAGUCCUGCGUCAAACACCAGACGACCUGAAGACAGAAGCCUGGGACCUAUGCUACCAACAACAAAGGCAAUUUUAAGAGAUUUCUACAGGCCUUUUAAUACAAAACUGGCACAAGUUCUUUUUGAUGAUGCUUUUUUAUGGAAGAGGACAUAAUCUGUAAAUUUAGUGCCACAAAUACAGCGCUUAAAGGAGUUUUUAUUUUUUUAAAUUCUAUUUUUGUGUGUGGAUAUUUACAUUUUUUCCCAUUCCAAAGAGAUGCCGAUUGAGGAGAUGAGACUCUCAUCUUCAGUCAGCACACUUCACGACAGGUGUAUCACAUUUUCCUUGUGAGAAUGUAAAGCAUCUUGCUUAUCAGUUUCUUGCAACUUCUUUUACCCCAGCGGAAGUGUGGAGUGGAAAUGCAUUAGUACAAAGGUGAUGUCUUACACUCUUGGCUGGGAUGUUGAAGUUUAACCUUAUCUCUGAUGCUGCAACACGGGAUUAGCAUCAGUUUCUUACAGUUACACUUAUAAUCUCAUUUUCAGUAUAUGUAAUUCAUUCAUUUUUUCAAACUAUCAAUGUCAUGUAGUCAUUAAAUUUUUUAAUUGAAUUCAGCCAAAA